CAGGGCCUUGCAGAAGAGGGGACUGUUCUGGGCUGGCCUAGACCAUGGUGCUGCUCUGGGAGCCUGCAGGAGCCUGGCUGGCACUGGGCCUGGCCCUAGCCCUGGGCCCCAGCACAGGUGUGGCCGCCCCGCAGCAGGACUGCACAGGUGCCAAGUGUCCACCACUGGAGAACUGCAUCGAGGAGGUGCUGGAGCCAGGUGCCUGCUGCGCCACGUGUGUGCAGCGGGGCUGUGCCUGUGAGGGCUACCAGUACUAUGACUGCCUGCAGGGUGGCUUUGUGCGGGGUCGCGUGCCUGCUGGCCAGUCCUACUUCGUGGACUUUGGCAGCACUGAGUGCUCCUGUCCCCCGGGAGGUGGCAAGAUCAGCUGCCAGUUCAUGCUGUGCCCAGAGCUGCCACCCAACUGCAUCGAGGCUGUGGUGGCAGCCGACAGCUGCCCUCAGUGUGGCCAGGUGGGCUGUGUCCACGAUGGCCGUAAGUAUGCUGCCGGCCACACCGUCCACCUGCCACCAUGCCGGGCCUGCCACUGCCCUGAUGCUGGUGGGGAGCUCAUCUGUUACCAGCUCCCUGGUUGCCAUGGAAACUUCUCAGAUGCUGAAGAGGGUGACCCAGAGCGACACUAUGAAGACCCCUAUAGCUAUGACCAGGAGGUGGCGGAGGCAGAGGCAGCAGCAGCCGUAGGGGGUGAAGGCGAGGUCCAGGCAGGCGCAGGGUUCCCCCCGGCCGCUCUGGGAGGUGGAAGUCAGCCUCUGUUCACUAUCCAGGCAACUGCCUGGCCUGCCAUGCUCCUCAGGCCCACAGCAGCUGCUGCCCUGGGUCCCCCAGCCCCUAUGCAGGCCAAAGCUAGGAGAGUGACUGCGGACAGGGAGGACGAAGAGGAAGAGGAAGAGGAGGAGAGGAAGGAAAUGGCUGUCACGAAGCCAUUGGCAUCAGGUGGCCCCAAGGGGCUGGAUGAUCUGCCCACUCCAGGCCCAGCCGGACCUGGUCUCCCUGUCCAGAAGGAGAGGGCAGAAGCCAGGGCGAGGCCUGAAGAGAACCUCAUCCCAGAUGCACAGGCCAUGCCGGGCAGCACAGGGCAGGAGGGCGCCAUGCCCAUGCCGGGGUCGGGUCCAGUGGAACAAGAAGCCCCUGGUCUCAUCCCGACACAGGCCAUGCCAGGCUCUCUCAGGGGCUCAGUCGAGCCGAGCACCCAUACCAUCCUAUCCACGGUACCGCACGAUGCAGCUCCGAUCCCACCCACCCAGGAGGUGCCCAAGCUGCCACAGGUUCUGCCACGUUCCCAGGCAGAGGAGGACACAGACCCCAACUCUGUGCAUUCUGUCCCUAGAGGCAGCCCUGAAGGCUCCACCAAGGACCUGAUGGAGACGUGCUGCGCAGCAGGGCAGCAGUGGGCCAUUGACAAUGACGAGUGCCUGGAAAUCUCUGAGAGUGGCGCUGAGGGCGACGUCUGCAGGACAGCCCAGAGGCACUGCUGUGUCUCCUACUUGAAGGAGAAAAGCUGCAUGGCUGGUGUCCUGGGGGCCAAGGAGGGCGAGGCCUGUGGGGCCGAGGACAACGACACCUGUGGUGUUUCCCUGUACAAGCAAUGCUGUGACUGCUGUGGCCUGGGCCUCCGUGUGCGGGCCGAGGGCCAGCCGUGCGAGUCCAACCCCAACCUGGGCUAUCCCUGCAACCAUGCCAUGCUCUCCUGCUGUGAGGGCGAGGAGCCCCUCAUCAUGCCUGAGGUGCGCCGGCCUCCAGAACCCGCGGCUGCACCACGGAGAGUUUCAGAGGCGGAUGUGGCAGCCCGAGAGGCCCUGUCGCUGGGCACGGAGACCGAGCUGCCCAACAGCCUGCCUGGGGAUGACCAGGAUGAGUGUCUGCUCCUCCCGGGGGAGCUGUGCCAGCACCUCUGCAUCAACACUGUGGGCUCCUACCACUGUGCCUGCUUUCCUGGCUUUUUGCUGCAGGACGAUGGCCGCACCUGCCGCCCAGACAGUGACUCCGCACGGCCAGAGGCCACACAGAAGCCUGCACUGAGGUCAGAAUUUGCCCAAGUGUCCCCCAACAUCAUCCCUCUGCCACUGCCGCAGCCCAACACCUGUAAAGACAACGGGCCCUGCAAACAGGUGUGCAGCAUUGUUGGGGGCUCGGCCAUGUGCUCCUGCUUUCCUGGCUAUGCCAUCAUGGCGGACGGCGUGUCCUGUGAAGACCAAGACGAGUGCCUGCUGGGCGCUCACGAUUGUAGCCGGCGACAGUUCUGUGUGAACACCCUGGGAUCCUUCUACUGUGUCAACCACACAGUGGUCUGUGCCGAGGGCUUUAUCCUCAACGCGCACAGGAAGUGUGUGGACAUCAACGAGUGUGUGACGGACCUGCAUACAUGCAGCCGGGGUGAGCACUGCGUGAACACGCUAGGCUCCUUCCAGUGCUACAAGGCACUCACCUGUGAGCCUGGCUACGUCCUUAAGGAUGGCCUGUGUGAAGAUGUGGACGAGUGUGCGAUGGGCACACACAACUGCCAGGCGGGCUUCUCCUGCCAGAACAUCAAGGGAUCCUUCUACUGCCAGGCCCGGCAGCGCUGCAUGAAGGGCUUCCUGCAGGACCCUGAAGGCAACUGCGUGGACAUCAAUGAGUGCACAUCGCUGUCCCAGCCGUGCCAGCCGGGCUUCAGUUGCAUCAACACCGUGGGCUCUUACACGUGUCAAAGGAACCCCCUGAUCUGCGGCCGCGGCUACCAUGUCAGUGAGGAUGGAGCUAAGUGUGUGGAUGUGAAUGAGUGUGAGACAGGCGUGCACCGCUGUGGUGAGGGCCAGGUGUGCCACAACCUCCCUGGGUCCUACCGCUGUGACUGCAAAGCUGGCUUUCAGCGGGAUGCCUUUGGCCGCUCCUGUAUCGAUGUGAACGAGUGCUGGGUCUCACCGGGCCGCCUGUGCCAGCAAACAUGCGAAAACACGCUCGGCUCCUACCGCUGCUCCUGCGCCUCCGGCUUCGUGCUGGCUGCUGACGGCAAGCACUGUGAAGAUGUGAACGAGUGUGAGACCCAGCGCUGCAGCCAAGAGUGUGCCAACAUCUACGGCUCCUACCAGUGCUACUGCCGCCAGGGCUACCAGCUGGCCGAGGAUGGGCACACCUGCACAGACAUCGAUGAGUGUGCUCAGGGCGCUGGGAUCCUCUGUACCUUCCGCUGUGUCAACGUGCCAGGGAGCUACCAGUGUGCAUGCCCAGAGCAGGGCUAUACCAUGACGGCCAACGGGAGGUCCUGCAAGGACCUGGACGAGUGUGCACUGGGAACCCACAACUGUUCCGAGUCUGAGACCUGUCAUAACAUCCAGGGUAGCUUCCGCUGCCUGCGCUUUGAGUGUCCUCCCAACUACGUCCGUGUCUCCAACACGAAGUGCGAGCGUACUGCGUGUCAGGACUUUGUGGAGUGCCAGAACUCGCCGGCACGCAUCACGCACUACCAGCUCAGCUUCCAGACGGGCCUCCUGGUGCCCGCGCACAUCUUCCGCAUCGGCCCAGCACCAGCCUUUGCGGGGGACACCAUUUCCCUGACCAUCGUCAAGGGCAACGAGGAGGGCUACUUUGGCACGCGCCGGCUCAACGCCUACACAGGUGUGGUCUACCUGCAGCGGUCGGUGCUGGAGCCGCGGGACUUUGCCCUGGAUGUGGAGAUGAAGCUCUGGCGGCAGGGCUCUGUCACUACUUUCCUGGCCAAGAUGCACAUCUUCUUCACCACCUUUGCGCUGUGAGGCGUCAGGGCUGCCCUGCAGCUGCCGCCAAGCCCCUGCUCGCGCCUGUGGGUGGGGCCGGGUCAUUACCCUGGUGGUGCUUACUAAGCUUUGUAAAUUAACUUAAUUUUGCUGACUUGAUUCUUCCGGGGCUCUGGGCCUCUCCUGUGCCCUGUAGGAGGGUGCCCAGCAGCAGGAGGUGAGUCCUCACAGCACUGAGUGGGAGCCGGAGGCCAGCUAAGGGCUGUGGUGCCCGGUGGGGGACGGCCACAGCCUGGACAUGGCCUCAGACCCCAAGCGCAGCGACCACGUUGGGGCCUUUGGCGUCACCUGGAUGACCUGCCACCAAAGCUGACGUUUCACGUCGUGUUCCACUGUGAUUCAUUCUUUAAAACCAUGUUUAAUUUUUUUGUUUAAUUAUGAAAGUAGUACAUGUACAUUGUAAAAAAUAAAAUCAACUAGUACAAAAGGGCUAUAAAGUAAAAAAAAAAGUAAAAUGC